UGGUGUCAUGUCAUCAACAUGUCAGUGGAGACCAUUUGUCAGCCGUUGCCCAGCUUAGAAAUCCCGUAGCCUUUUCCCCUCCCCCCCGGCAACCCAUCCCUCUCAUACUUAUUAUGUCUUGAUUGCAACAUUCCGUGACUAUAUUCCAACAUUGAGCCUCCUCGUCGUUUUUAGUAUAAUCAUCCCGGGCCAAAACUGUAUAGACUUCUUCUUGACAAGAAACCCAUACAAGGAUCGACCCUCUUUUCCUUGCAACCAAAUCAUCACCGCAUCGGCAACCUCGUCACCUCCACACACACACACACACACACACACACACACACAAUGGCUGCAGCAGCGCGUCCCACUGGCCUCAUUGCCAAGAAGGGCAUUGAGCUUCUGACAUUCGGAACCCCCAAUGGCUACAAGGCCAGCAUCAUCCUGGAGGAGCUGAAGGAGGCGUACGGCCUCCCGUUCGUGGUCCAGAGCGUCAACAUCAUGCAGAACAUCCAGAAGGAGCCCUGGUUCACCGCGCUCAACCCCAACGGCCGCAUCCCCGUCAUCGUCGACCACGACAACGAGCAGCUCGCCGUCUUCGAGGGAAGCGCCAUCCUGAGCUACCUCACCCGCCGCUACGACACCGAGCACCGCUUCUCCUUCGCCGCCUCGGACAACGACUACACGAGGGCCGAGACCUGGAUCGGCUGGCAGCACGGCGGCUUGGGCCCCAUGCAAGGUCAAGCCAACCACUUUGUCAGGUUCGCCAAGGAGAGGAUCCCCUACCCGACGCAGCGCUACGUGGGCGAGACCGAGCGGCUGUUCGGCGUCCUCAACACCCACCUCGACGCGCGCGAUUUCGUCGUCGGCCCGGGCCGUGGUCGCUACAGCAUCGCCGACAUCUCGAUGAUCGGCUGGGUCCAAGCGGCCCCCAUGGCCGGCAUCGACAUCAACCAGUUCCCGUCCGUCAAGGCGUGGCUGGAAAGGUGCCUGGAGAGGCCCGCCGUCCAGCGAGGCAUCCGGAUCCCGGACGCCCCCUUCAUGUCUGUCGCCAGCAUGGAGAAGAGGCUGCAGGAAGACGAGGACCUUGCCAAGAAGGAGGCCGAGGUCAAGAAGCAGAUUGACGAUGCCAAGAAGGCCUAUGGCUAUGUUUACUCAUCGCCAUAAACGAAAGGGCUAGUAAUGAUCGUCUAGUUCCCCCCCAAAACCCCGGAAGAGCCCGGGCGGGUGCUAUAAUAGUAUAAGCCUUUGAAGAUGACUGUCCUCUUGUUUCCUAUCUCGCGUCUACGGUCAACAAUUUGUUCUCAUCAGGGGUACAGCGUCAGGUAUUGGAGUAUUCCGAACGUCAAGCUUACUAAGGUCUCUCAUAUCUUCGGACUCAUCCUUUCUUUCUUACUCCACCCUCAAGUCUCAUGAACAAACAAAUCAAUCUCCUCCUUUCGUCUACGAAAAUGUCUUCUUCCAUCCCUUUCCCCAACGACUUGGAUAACCUCUUCCCACAAAGGCUUGGUGAGCUUGGUGUGCUGGAAGACAUCAUACAGCGGUUGCGU